AUGGAGAGCUUUUAUCAUCACCCCUUGGGUAUUGUGGCCUACAUCGCUCGCUUGAUCCAGUUCAUCAGUGCGAUCGUCGUCCUUGGAAUAACAGCAUGGGCAGCACGAGAUACGAAAACAGUCACAGUCAUAUACUCUCUGGUGAUUGCUGCCUUGGCAAUUGUUAUUCUGCCGGUGUCAAUAACUGCUAGCUUCGUCUUAAGACGUCGUACCUGGCAUAUUUUCCUACUAUUUGCGACGGAUACGGUUCUAUCCUAUUUAUGGAUUACCUCCUUCAUUUUCCUGGCACUCGACUUCAAUCAGAUCAAUUGCCGUAUUCUGCGUUGGAACGGAGAGACAGUUUGCAGUCGCAAAUAUGCUGCAGAAGCAUUUAGCUUCAUUGCCUUUUUCUCAACGCUGGGAGCGAUGAUACUUGAGGUCAUUUAUAUCUACUGCAGGAAGCAAGAGCCUUUGCAAGCCAUGGAGCAAGGUCCGCAUCAUGAACAGGUGACCCAGAAUCUCACCAAUGCUGGCUUGCUCUAA